UUCCGAUGAUGUUUCCGAGUCGCGCUGUGAAUGACGCCCGAUGUUGCGGAGAGCGGUGUAUGGAUUACUAGAGACCGGGGCUCGGGGCCUGGCUGUUUGCGGCGGCCAGGCCUACCGUCCUCUCUACUGCUGGGCCAGAGGAGAUGAUGGUGGGCUGGCGCGGCGGCUGGGUGCGGCCUUGCAGCCAUUCACCCGCUGCCUCGCCACGGUUUCGAAGAGGACGCCAGAAUUUCCAAGCCAGUUGGAUGAUCUGACACCAACCAUGUUGAAGAAAAACUACCGAGACGUGGAGGCAGUGAACAAGACUGAUGAGGUGGUUCGAAGGAUGCUGUCGUUGGAAAUGGCAAGUCAUAGAGAGAAGCUGCAGUUGAAGACCAGCCAGCUGGUGGAGAAGGUGCGGAGGAGCCCCAGUGACGUUGGUUCCACAGAAGUCCAAAUUGCCAUCUUAACAGCAAAAAUUCGGAAUUACCAGGAGCACCUGCAGCUCCACAGAAAGGAUAAGACCAACAAACGCCAUAUGCUGAUGGCAAUCGACAGGCGGAAGAAGUUGCUGAAGUACCUCCGGCGGACGCGCUACGAAGUUUUCGAGAAUGUGUGCACGCAGUUGGGCAUCCAGUACACCUUCCCCCCUGAGUAUUACAGGAAAGUGACACGGCGAUGGGCUGCCAAGAAAGCUUUGUGCAUAAAGGUUUUCCAGGAGGUGAGGAAGAUCCGUGCUGCUGAACGGCAGAAGCGCAAAGCGGCAGCUACAGAGAAGGCCCAGUCUGUCAGUGGAAAAGUGAAUGAAGGUACCCCUGUGUGACCAGGAGUGCACACUGCUGGCUGGUAUCUGCUGUAUUUCCAAUGGAAGAAGCCAAAACUUCAGUGCUCAAUUAAUAAAUAUUUAUCUUU